UUCAUAUAUGCUAUUUUGCACUUUAUAUGGGCACUUUAUUUAUUUAUGCAUAGCCAUUAUAUAUUUUUCUGUCGUUUUAUUAUAUUUACUUAGCGCUGCACCCCCAUGUUUAGUAGUACCUAGUGAGAAACUACUUGAAAUGAGCAUGCAACCAGUGAAGUCUCCCAUCCAGGGGCGGACUGACCAUUUGGAAACUCGGGCACUGCCCAAGGGCCCGGGAUGCCCCUGGAACCUUUUUCAUAGGCUUUUUUGAGUUUGGGCAAGGACACAGGGGCCCCAUGAUCCCCUAUUGCCCGGGGG